GAAAGCUCUUGGUGGCGGUUUACCAAUCGGCAAACCCAAAGCAAAGUUUCGUCGAAACGAUUUUGAAUUCCUAAACUCAGGCUCUUCAAGACAGCACGAUGUCAGUGUCAGGUAGAAAGGUUCGUUUUGAAGAAAAACUUCCACCAGUGGCAGGAGGAGGAGGAGCUGCCGGAGGGGCUGGAGGCGAUUCAAGUACAACAGCAGAGAAGAGUUGGAAUCGAACCUUCAGCUCCAACCACACCCUGGAUAGCGACGAGGAGGAUGAUAAGAAAGAGGAGGUUGAUAAGUACGAGCUGAAGGAGGAAGAUGUAGAGGGAGCAGAGGAUGCUACCGUUAUAGCUGAAGGGGGUAUCCGUGUGACUCCCUUCAAUCUAGCGGAGGAGAUGCAAGAGGGACGAUUCGAUGAGCAUGGAAACUACUACGAGAAGAAAGACAAGGAAGUCCGAGACAACUGGCUGGAUAACAUCGACUGGAUGAGAUAUUCGGAGAAAGGAACCGAAGAACGUAUUGGUGACGAUGAGAUCAAUACAGGAAGCCCGGAACCCGAGCCGAGUAGACUCGAAACAAAAAUCUUUGCAGACAUCAUCGGGUUUCUGAAACCUGGGGAAACUAUCACGAAGGCAGUCCGAAGGCUUGGCGGUGGGAAAAAGAAAGGGGUAGCUGUGACGAGAAAAUGGGGUCCCAAGAAGGCCAAGUUGGAGGAGGAAGAAGGGAGUGAGGUGGAUAAGGAAAGCAUGUUGAAACUGACGGGGUUUGUUGACGAACUCGUUGCCAGCGGCAACUAUGAGGCAUAUCAGUACACGUUUGAGAAGAUUACUCAUUUAUUGAAAGAGGCAGGAUCGAGUAAGAAAGAUGAGGAUAUGUUUGACAUGUUUGGAGAUGGACCAUCGAAGGAGGAUGUCUCAAAAAAAGAUGGAGUCACCAGCUCAUCUGCAGAUGAUGCAGCCAGCAAAGACUCAAAUGGAGCAAAGUCAAAUCCCACCGCUGCCACCGUAUUUGACCCCGAAAAAACCUACUGGGAGUACAAAUGGGAAAACAAGGAUGAAGCAGAUAAAUUUGGACCUUAUGAAAGCCAACAAAUGCAGGAUUGGAAGGAUCAGGACUUCUUCGCCGAUGGUGUGUGGGUUCGGAAAGUUGGAUCAGAAGGGAACUUCUAUCAGUCCAAGAGAAUCGACUUUGAAUUGUACUUAUGAAUAUGGACAAGUAACUCACACAGGAUAUAUACCCCACUAGAGGUAUAGUUGAACCCCAAUUUGAUUUUUUUUUAUCUCAAUGGGGAUAGCAAUUAUAAUUAUCCCGACAGGGAAACCCGUUGGUGAUAUUCGGGGUUGUUUUCAUCUAGGAUCCUGAUUAGGUCCUUUAUUUUUGAACCAUUUUUUCUUUGCAAUGUCCACCCACAAGUGGUUGCAUAAAUUUCUUGUUUACAAUGUAUAAUACAUUGUAAACAAGAAAUUAGUGAGAAGUUUUAAAUUUUUUGACAGAUUUAGUUAUUAUAUAAUUUGUUUGGUUAAAUCUUAAUAGUUUUUGUUGCCCUCAUCCAACCAACGAAAAGGUGAUUUACUAAAAAAAAAGUUAUAUAACAAUUAUGAAUUCUCAAAUCAUUUGUAGACCGCCCAUCAAUAAGAUUUGCAGUAUUAAUGCCUCUUUGAUUUCGAAUGAUUUCAUUCAUUUCAAAAUAUUUGGACUGAUUAUGUUUUUACUGAAGUGCUUAUUUUAGGAACCAGUGAAGAGACCAACUGUCAUGACUGUAGUCAUGAAAACUGCUGUCUUGAAUUUGAGGGCACAAGACCAUUGGUUUUCUAGCUCAAAAUGUUUCCUAGACCAGAUAGGUUUUUAACAAGACCCAAACAGGUGUUUUAUUAAUUGUUUUUGAAAAAAAAUAUUUACUGGAAAUGCAUAGGCCUACAUGUAAAAACGCAAACUCUUAGUUUCCACAAAAACGCUUGCUUUUGAAGAUUGUAUGAUUUGACAAAACAUAAUCCUUUAUACAAAAUGUACAUACUCAGAAGAAUUAAACAAAAAUGAACUGGUAAAAUGUAUUUGUAGUAAAUAUUGGUUUAUUUACACUGGAAAUUUACAGAGUAAUACAAAACUAUAUCAAGAUUAAAACUAAAAAGUCAAAGUAAAACGUUUUCUUAAAUAACCAAAGCUUUCAACAAGUAGAGGUGUGUACAUCUGAUUUAGUAUGUUCGAAUCCCACCAAGUAGGUUUUGUUUCCAUGAGACUUGUAAAACACUAUGGUACAGUGCUUAUUGCUAAUCUAGGGCAACGGCAAAAAAUCAAAACAAAAUAUAGGCCUCCAUUAAAAGAAAUGCUUCACAAUGUAUUUCAACACAGAUCUCAUCAAG